CCCCCUCCCUUUCUCUACCACCGCCUGUUCCGCACCGUCUCCUCCAACUGGAACCGGUUCCUCACCGACGUGCCGGGGGCCGCCGCCAAGACCAAGGGCUCGGCCCCGCCGGCGGCGACGGUCUCGCUCUCGCUGCCGUUCCUCUUCGCCUUCACCUUCGACCCCGUCUCACGCCGCCUCCAGUGCCAGGCGCUCGACCCCUUCUCCCGCCGCUGGCUGCUGCUGCCCCCGGUCCCCUGCGGCGCCGCGGCCGGCUCGUUCGCCGUCGUGGGCCUCCCCGCGCGCGGCGAGAUCUACGUGCUCGGCGGCGUGGAGGAGGGCGGCGACAAGGCCGUGAGCAGCGUGGCCGUCUACAGCGCGGCGACCAACGGGUGGGGGCAGGUGGCCGGCAUGAGGACAGCGAGGGGCUACAUGGCGGCCGACGAGGUGGGCGGGCGCGUGGUGGUGGCCGGCGAGGACGGAGAGGCGGAGGUGUUCGACCCAGAGGCCGGUCGCUGGUCGCCCACGGCUCCCCGUGGCGGCGCGGCCGUGGCGAGGUACGACGCUGCGGCGGCGGGCGGCAAGCUGUACGUGACGGAGGGGUGGGCGUGGCCGUUCGAGCGCGCGCCGCGGGGCGCGGUGUACGACGCGGCGGCGGACGCGUGGUCCGACAUGGCGCGCGGGAUGCGGGAGGGGUGGACGGGCUCCUGCGCCGUGUCGGGCGGCCGGAUGUACAUCGUGGCCGAGUACGGCGAGUGGCGGCUGAAGCGGUACGACGAGCCGCGGGACGAGUGGCGGAUGGUGGCCGGCGGCGGGGUGCCGCAGGAGGUGCGGCGGCCGCACGUCGUGGCGGGCCAGCUGGAGGAGGUCGGCGGCGGCCGGCGCAGGAUCUACGUGGUCGGCGCGGGCCUCGACGUCGCCGUCGGCACCGUCGUGUCCGCCGCCAACCACGGCACCGGCACGGAGGAGGAGCGGGUGGAGUGGGAGGUCGUCAAGGGCCCCGAGGAGUUCGUCGGGCUGGCGCCGUGCAACGCGCAG